UGAACCAGCCGUUCACCACUUACUCACUGUUCACCAGCAUCUAGUGCAGCUACCAUGGAGAACGUGGCAAUAUUUGACUCACCUGGAAAGGGCAGGGGUUUGAAGGCUACCAAAGAGUUUUGGGCUGGAGACGUCAUUUUUUCUGAGCCCAGUCUCGCAGCUGUUGUGUUUGACAGUCUAGCAGAGCGUAUCUGUCACAGCUGUUUCCGCAGACAAGACAAGCUACAGAGAUGUGGCCAGUGCAAAUUUGCCCAUUACUGUGACCGAACCUGCCAGCGUGCCGGCUGGGCCGAACACAAGCAAGAAUGUGGUGCCAUCAAAACGUAUGGCAAAGCACCGAAUGAGAACAUCCGCUUGGUGGCCCGCAUCUUGUGGCGCCUUGACAAGGAGGGGAGCGUGGUGUCUGACAUGCAGAUGGUCACGCUGGAGGAGCUGGAGGAUCACAUUGAUGACAUGCAAGAGGAUGAUUUGAAGGACUUCAAAGUUGACAUCCACAACUUCCUUGACUACUGGCCUCGUAACAGCAAGCAGCACACAAUUGAUGUCAUCUCACAUAUUUUUGGAGUGGUUAACUGUAACGGUUUCACUGUGAGUGACCAGAGGGGCCUUCAGGCAGUAGGAGUUGGUCUUUUCCCAAACUUGUGUCUAGUGAAUCAUGACUGCUGGCCAAACUGCACUGUGAUCCUCAACCACGGCAAUCAGUCGGCUGUGAAUACUGUGUUUCAUUCUCAACGGAGAAUUGAGCUGCGUUCUCUAGGUAAGAUCGCAGAGGGAGAGGAGCUGACAGUUGCAUAUGUGGACUUCUUGAAUUUGUCAGAGGAGAGACAACGGCUGCUGAAAACACAGUACUUCUUUGACUGCACAUGUGAGCACUGCAAGAACCACAUCAAAGAUGACUUGAAGUUGGGGGGAAAGGAAGUGGACGGAGUCAAGCCUUCAGAGGAACAGGUGAAAGAAGCUACAGAUUAUUGCUUUCAAAUGCUGGAGAAGAUGGACAAGGCUCGACUGAAAGGGGACUACCAUGAGGUGGUAAAAAUCUGCAGGGAGUGCAUAGAGAAAACAGAGCCAGUGUUGGCUGACACUCACAUCUACCAGCUGCGGAUGUGGAGCACAUUAAGUGAGGUGCAAGCUUACCUGCAGUACUAUAAUGACGCUGCAGAAUACGCCCGCAAAAUGGUGGAGGGAUACAUAAAACUGUACCACUCAAACAAUGCUGCUCUUGGCAUGGCUGCUAUGCGAGCAGGAGUGACUCACUGGCAAGCUGGGGAGAUAGAGAUUGCCCACGGGAUGAUCUGCAAGGCCUAUGCCAUUCUCAUGAUCACCCACGGUCCAACACAUCCCAUCACCAAGGACCUGGAGGCAAUGCGUGUGCAGACAGAGAUGGAGCUGAGGAUGUUCAAGCAGAAUGAGUUUGUUUACCACAGUAUGAGAGAGGCAGCUCUGAAGAACAGACCAAUGACCAUGAUGCACGAACCCAGUUCUGUGGAGGAAGGAAUCAAGAAUCUCUUCCAUCGGAAGAAGUAGUCACAGGACUGCCAAUGAGUAAUGAGAUAGUGUUUACUGUGAAUUUUUUUUUUAAACACAUUUACAUAGUUUUCUGCAUCUCAGUUACUCCCCCCGCUACACCAAACCUGCACAAGUUACAAUGUAACAGUCUUUGAGUAUUCAGUGUGUGCAUGCACUCAUUCUCAGGUGGACACUUGUCCAACAACUUCAGCCUUUAAAAAUGCAAUUUAAGUCAUUUGUUUAAGAUUUAUGGUUAUACUAGGGUAUACAUACUGAUGUGCAUCAUCAGUAUGCAAUACCCUGAUAAGAGUCAUGUGAACAAUAAGUUCACUUAUGUGAACAUGUUAAGACACCUUUAAGCACCUCUUGCUCAUGUGACACAUCUAGCGCCCUGCAAUCAAGCCACCUGACCUUUAGCCAGUCAAGUCCAGACACACUUUAACCCACAGAAAGCAAAGACUAACCUCACUGAUUUGGAACAAGCAUUUUCUAGGGCCCAUGGUGUUCCGGUAGAUUAUGUACUAGUAAAAUCUGCAGUUUAAUUGCAAACUCUACCAACUGCCAGUGAAGUUUUUGGUUACAUGCCAGCAUCUAGUUUAAGUUUGGAGCAAAAAAAAGAAACUCAACAACAAGACAGUGUUCCAUUUUCUUUUAUUAUCCCAAGUGCAGAAAUUUAGAUGCGUUUGCUUGUCCUCUUGUACACAAUGCCACCAAGAGUCAUAGUCUGGGGAGAGAAAAAAAAA